AUGUCCAACCGGCCUAAUAACAAUCCAGGGGGGUCACUGCGACGUUCACAGAGGAACACUGCCGGGGCCCAACCACAAGACGAUUUGAUAGGAGGAAGGUCACAUUUAGGGCAGGCAAAACAUAAGGGAUAUAGCCCUCCUGAGAGUAGAAAAUCUAAUUCUAAGGCACCCAAAGUGCAGUCUAAUACUACUGAACUGUCAAGGGGACACCUUUCUAAAAGAAGCUGCAGUUCAUCAUCUGCUGUCAUAGUUCCACAAUCGGAGGAUCCAGACAGAGCCAAUACUUCUGAAAGGCAAAAAACGGGGCAGGUGCCUAAGAAAGACAAUUCUCGAGGAGUGAAACGCAGUGCUAGUCCAGACUACAACAGGACCAAUUCUCCUAGCUCUGCAAAAAAACCAAAAGCACUUCAGCAUUCUGAAUCACUCUCAGAAACAAACAAGUCACAUAGUAAGUCAAAAAAGAGACAUUUAGACCAGGAGCAACAACUGAAAUCUGCACAAUUGCCAUCAACAAGCAAGGCUCAUACCAGAAAGAGUGGGGCCACUGGUAGUUCACGGAGUCAGAAAAGAAAGAGGACAGAGAGUUCUUAUAUAAAGAGUGGUUCUGUGUCUGAGUCAACUGGUGCAGAAGAAAGAUCUGCAAAACCUACCAAGCUGGCUUCAAAAUCAGCCACCUCAGCCAAAGCUGGGUGUAGCACCAUCACUGAUUCUUCUUCUGCUGCCUCUACUUCCUCCUCAUCUUCUGCUGUAGCCUCGGCCUCCUCUACUGUACCACCAGGUGCCAGGGUGAAACAAGGAAAAGACCAGAACAAGACCAGGCGUUCCCGUUCAGCAUCCAGUCCCAGUCCCAGAAGAAGUAGCAGGGAAAAGGAACAGAGUAAAACUGGUGGCUCUUCAAAAUUUGAUUGGGCUGCGCGUUUCAGCCCUAAAGUUAGCCUUCCUAAAACAAAACUGUCUCUUCCAGGGUCUUCUAAGUCAGAGACAUCAAAACCUGGACCUUCUGGAUUACAGGCCAAAUUAGCAAGUUUAAGAAAAUCUACCAAGAAGCGCAGUGAAUCCCCACCUGCUGAGCUCCCCAGUUUGAGGCGGAGCACACGCCAAAAGACCACGGGCUCCUGUGCUAGUGCCAGUCGGCGAGGCUCUGGCCUGGGCAAAAGAGGAGCAGCUGAAGCUCGUCGACAGGAGAAAAUGGCAGAUCCUGAGAGCAACCAGGAGACAGUAAAUUCUUCAGCUGCACGGACAGAUGAAACCCCUCAAGGAGCUGCAGCCUCUAGUUCUGUUGCAGGGGCUGUGGGCAUGACCACUUCUGGGGAGAGUGAAUCAGAUGACUCUGAGAUGGGACGAUUACAAGCUCUAUUAGAGGCCAGGGGUCUUCCUCCACACCUGUUUGGCCCUCUUGGUCCUCGGAUGUCACAACUUUUCCACAGAACAAUUGGAAGUGGAGCUAGUUCUAAGGCCCAGCAGCUUCUACAAGGACUGCAAGCAAGUGAUGAAAGCCAGCAACUCCAGGCAGUUAUUGAAAUGUGUCAAUUAUUGGUCAUGGGAAAUGAGGAGACACUGGGAGGGUUUCCUGUCAAGAGUGUAGUUCCAGCUUUGAUAACAUUAUUGCAGAUGGAGCAUAAUUUUGAUAUUAUGAACCAUGCUUGUCGAGCCUUAACAUACAUGAUGGAAGCCCUUCCUCGAUCAUCUGCUGUUGUCGUAGAUGCAAUUCCUGUCUUUUUAGAAAAGCUGCAAGUAAUUCAGUGUAUUGAUGUGGCAGAGCAGGCCUUGACCGCCUUGGAGAUGUUAUCACGUAGACACAGUAAAGCCAUUCUACAAGCGGGUGGUUUGGCAGAUUGCUUGCUGUAUCUAGAGUUCUUCAGUAUAAAUGCCCAAAGAAAUGCACUAGCAAUUGCAGCCAAUUGCUGCCAGAGCAUCACGCCGGAUGAAUUUCAUUUUGUGGCAGAUUCCCUCCCAUUGCUUACCCAAAGGCUAACCCACCAGGACAAAAAGUCAGUAGAAAGUACUUGCCUUUGUUUUGCACGACUAGUGGACAAUUUCCAACAUGAAGAGAACUUACUCCAGCAGGUUGCCUCCAAAGAUCUGCUUACAAAUGUUCAACAGCUAUUGGUUGUAACUCCACCAAUUUUAAGUUCUGGGAUGUUCAUAAUGGUGGUUCGCAUGUUUUCUUUGAUGUGUUCCAACUGUCCAACUUUAGCUGUUCAACUUAUGAAGCAAAACAUCGCAGAAACGCUUCACUUCCUCCUGUGUGGUGCCUCCAAUGGAAGUUGUCAGGAGCAGAUUGAUCUUGUUCCACGCAGUCCACAAGAGCUCUAUGAACUGACAUCUCUGAUUUGUGAACUUAUGCCAUGUUUACCAAAAGAAGGCAUUUUUGCAGUUGAUACCAUGCUGAAGAAGGGAAAUGCUCAGAAUACAGAUGGUGCGAUAUGGCAGUGGCGUGACGACCGCGGCCUUUGGCAUCCCUAUAACAGGAUUGACAGCCGGAUCAUUGAGGCAGCCCAUCAGGUCGGUGAGGAUGAGAUAAGCUUGUCCACUCUGGGACGAGUUUAUACUAUUGAUUUUAAUUCUAUGCAGCAAAUCAAUGAGGACACGGGAACAGCACGUGCCAUUCAGAGAAAACCUAACCCCUUAGCCAAUACUAACACUAGUGGAUAUUCAGAGUUAAAGAAAGAUGAUGCUCGAGCACAGCUUAUGAAAGAGGAUCCGGAACUGGCUAAGUCUUUUAUUAAGACGUUAUUUGGUGUUCUUUAUGAAGUGUAUAGUUCCUCAGCAGGACCUGCGGUCAGACAUAAGUGCCUUAGAGCAAUUCUUAGGAUAAUUUAUUUUGCUGAUGCCGAACUUCUAAAGGACGUCCUAAAAAAUCAUGCUGUUUCAAGCCACAUUGCUUCCAUGCUAUCAAGUCAAGACCUGAAGAUAGUAGUUGGAGCCCUUCAGAUGGCAGAAAUCUUAAUGCAGAAAUUACCUGAUAUUUUUAGUGUUUACUUCAGAAGAGAAGGUGUAAUGCAUCAAGUAAAACACUUAGCAGAAUCAGAGUCUCUGCUGACAAGUCCACCAAAGGCAUGUACGAAUGGGUCAGGAUCCUUGGGGUCCACAACGUCAGUCAACAGUGGAACAGCCACGGCUGCCACUAACGCUGCAGCUGACUUGGGAUCUCCCAGCUUGCAGCACAGCAGAGAUGAUUCUUUAGAUCUGAGCCCUCAAGGUCGAUUAAGUGAUGUUCUAAAGAGAAAACGACUGCCAAAACGAGGGCCUAGAAGGCCAAAGUAUUCACCUCCAAGAGAUGAUGACAAAGUAGACAAUCAAGCUAAAAGCCCCACCACUACUCAGUCACCUAAAUCUUCUUUCCUGGCAAGCUUGAACCCAAAAACAUGGGGAAGGUUAAGUGCACAGUCCAACAGCACCAUUGAACCACCACGGACUGCAGGAGUCAGUGGUCUUGCCAGGGCUGCUUCAAAGGACACCAUAUCCAAUAAUAGAGAAAAAAUUAAAGGUUGGAUUAAGGAGCAGGCACACAAAUUUGUUGAGCGUUAUUUCAGUUCUGAAAACAUGGAUGGUAGCAACCCUGCACUGAAUGUCCUUCAGAGACUUUGUGCUGCAACUGAACAACUCAACCUCCAGGUGGAUGGUGGAGCUGAGUGCCUUGUAGAGAUCCGUAGCAUAGUCUCUGAGUCAGAUGUUUCAUCUUUUGAAAUCCAACAUAGUGGAUUUGUUAAGCAGCUGUUGCUGUAUUUAACAUCUAAAAGUGAAAAGGAUGCUGUGACCAGAGAGAUCAGAUUAAAGAGAUUUCUUCAUGUAUUUUUUUCUUCCCCACUUCCUGGAGAAGAGCCCGUUGGAAGAGUAGAACCAGUCGGUAAUGCACCUUUGUUGGCAUUAGUACACAAGAUGAACAACUGCCUUAGCCAGAUGGAACAGUUUCCAGUCAAAGUGCAUGACUUUCCCAGUGGGAAUGGGACAGCAGGCAGAGGAUCACAGGCUUUAAAAUUUUUCAACACACACCAGUUAAAAUGCCAGUUACAGAGACAUCCAGACUGUGCAAAUGUGAAGCAGUGGAAGGGUGGACCUGUCAAGAUUGACCCCCUGGCUUUGGUACAAGCGAUUGAGAGAUACCUUGUAGUUAGAGGUUAUGGAAGAGUAAGAGAAGACGAUGAAGACAGUGAUGAUGAUGGCUCUGAUGAGGAAAUAGAUGAAUCUCUGGCUGCUCAAUUCUUAAAUUCAGGAAAUGUAAGACACAGGCUGCAGUUUUACAUUGGAGACCAUUUGCUACCGUAUAACAUGACUGUGUAUCAGGCAGUACGGCAGUUCAGUAUUCAGGCUGAGGAUGAAAGAGAAUCCACUGAUGAUGAGAGCAAUCCUCUAGGAAGAGCUGGUAUUUGGACGAAGACUCAUACAAUAUGGUACAAACCUGUGAGAGAGGAUGAAGAAAGUAAUAAAGAUUGUGUUGGUGGUAAAAGAGGAAGAGCCCAAACAGCUCCAACAAAAACUUCCCCUAGAAAUGCAAAAAAGCACGAUGAGUUAUGGCAUGAUGGAGUGUGCCCAUCAGUAUCAAAUCCUUUAGAAGUUUACCUCAUACCUACACCACCUGAAAAUAUAACUUUUGAAGAUCCAUCAUUAGAUGUGAUUCUUCUUUUAAGAGUUUUACAUGCCAUCAGUCGAUACUGGUAUUACUUGUAUGAUAAUGCAAUGUGCAAGGAGAUAAUUCCAACUGGUGAAUUUAAUAACAGUAAGUUGACAGCAAAAGCAAACAGGCAGCUUCAAGAUCCUCUAGUAAUCAUGACAGGAAAUAUCCCAACAUGGCUUACUGAACUAGGAAAAACCUGCCCAUUUUUCUUCCCUUUUGAUACUCGGCAAAUGCUUUUUUAUGUAACUGCAUUUGAUCGGGACCGAGCAAUGCAAAGAUUACUUGAUACCAAUCCAGAAAUCAACCAAUCUGAUUCUCAAGAUAGCAGAGUUGCACCUAGAUUGGAUAGAAAAAAGCGUACUGUGAACAGAGAAGAGCUGCUGAAACAAGCCGAGUCUGUGAUGCAGGAUCUUGGCAGCUCACGGGCCAUGUUAGAAAUUCAGUAUGAAAAUGAGGUUGGUACAGGUCUUGGGCCUACACUGGAGUUUUAUGCACUUGUAUCUCAGGAACUACAGAGAGCUGACUUGGGUCUUUGGAGAGGUGAAGAAGUUACUCUUAGUAAUCCUAAAGGAAGCCAAGAAGGGACCAAGUAUAUUCAAAACCUCCAGGGCCUGUUUGCACUUCCCUUUGGUAGGACAGCAAAGCCAGCUCAUAUUGCAAAGGUUAAGAUGAAGUUUCGCUUCUUAGGAAAAUUAAUGGCCAAGGCUAUUAUGGAUUUCAGAUUGGUGGACCUUCCCCUUGGCUUACCCUUUUAUAAGUGGAUGCUACGGCAAGAAACUUCACUGACGUCACACGAUUUGUUUGACAUUGACCCAGUGGUAGCCAGAUCAGUGUAUCACCUAGAAGACGUUGUCAGACAGAAGAAAAGACUUGAACAAGAUAAAUCCCAGACCAAAGAGAGUCUACGAUAUGCAUUAGAAACCUUGACUAUGAAUGGCUGUUCCGUUGAAGAUCUGGGAUUGGAUUUUACUCUGCCAGGGUUUCCCAACAUUGAACUGAAGAAAGGAGGAAAGGAUAUACCCGUCACUAUCUAUAAUCUAGAAGAAUAUCUAAGGCUGGUUAUAUUCUGGGCACUAAAUGAAGGCGUUUCCAGGCAGUUUGAUUCGUUCAGAGAUGGAUUUGAAUCAGUCUUCCCACUCAGUCAUCUUCAGUACUUCUAUCCAGAAGAACUGGAUCAACUCCUGUGUGGCAGUAAAGCAGACACUUGGGAUACAAAAAUACUGAUGGAAUGCUGCAGGCCAGAUCACGGUUACACUCAUGAUAGUCGGGCUGUGAAGUUUUUGUUUGAGAUUCUCAGUAGUUUUGAUAAUGAGCAACAGAGGUUAUUUCUCCAGUUUGUGACAGGUAGCCCGAGAUUGCCUGUUGGAGGCUUCCGGAGUUUGAACCCACCCUUGACAAUUGUUCGGAAGACAUUCGAAUCGACAGAAAACCCAGAUGACUUCUUGCCCUCCGUAAUGACUUGUGUGAACUAUCUUAAGUUGCCGGACUAUUCAAGCCUUGAGAUAAUGCGGGAAAAACUGUUAAUAGCAGCAAGAGAAGGGCAGCAGUCAUUCCAUCUUUCCUGA